AUGAAGACAUGCAAAAAAUUCUCCUUUCAAGAUCAAGAUGAACACUUGGAAGUAACGAUAGAAGAGACAAUUCAACAAGAUUAUGGAUUAUAUAUUUGGCCGUCUGCUCCUGUUCUUGCACAGUAUGUAUGGCACAAUCGGCAAAAACUUCAAAGUAAAUCUGUACUGGAGAUAGGAGCUGGAACUUCUUUACCUGGAAUUGUUGCCGCUCGCUGCGGUGCCAAUGUCAUUUUAUCCGAUAGCCAGCAACUCGUCGAUGCUCUAGAUGCUUGUAACACCAACCUAAAAUUGAAUAACAUUGACAAUGGUGUCGUUUUAGGAAUAACCUGGGGUCAGAUAUCAUCAACUCUGCUAGAGUUACCUGCAAUGGAUAUCAUUCUUGGUUCAGAUUGUUUUUACGAUAGUCAAGAUUUCGAGGACAUUUUAGUUACUGUCCAUGCAAUAAUGCAACAAAAUCCAAAUUGUCAAUUCUGGACGACAUAUCAACAAAGAAGUUGUAACAGAACAAUCGAACAUUUAUUGCGCAAAUGGGACUUUAAAUGUCAACUAGUACCCUUGCAGUCUUUUCAUGCGGAUGGCAGCGAUAUUGCCGGCUUUGGGAUGCUUAAUAGCCCUACGGUUGAAAUGCUGAAAAUUACUAUGCAUAUACCAAUUCGGAAUGGGGAUAACUAUGUCACAGACUACUUCCUGACACGUUUACUAGUCUAA